GCAGCACCUUUUCCCAGCGUUCCAUGCUCCCUUACCGAUAGACAUGCGACAUCAAGAGGGAAGAUACCAUUACGAACCUCACUCUAUCCAUGCUAUUCAUGGGCCUCCCACUCUGAGCGGCAGCCCCGUCAUCUCUGAUAUCUCCCUCAUCCGCCUUUCCCCACACCCGGCGGGCCCUGGAGAGUCGCCCUUCAACCCCCCACAUCCUUACAUGAACCCCCACAUGGAACACUACCUCCGCUCCAUGCACGGCAGCCCCACCCUGUCCAUGAUCUCGGCGGCCAGAGGCCUCAGCCCCGCGGAUGUGGCUCAUGAGCACCUCAAGGAGAGGGGACUGUUUGGAUUGCCUCCUCCCCCUCCAGGAGCCAACCCUGCCGACUACUAUCACCAGAUGACACUCAUGGCCAGCCACCCGGGCACUUACAGUGACCUCCUUGUUCAAGGCGGAGGAGCAGCUGGCUCCACCCACCUCCACGAUUACCUCAACCCAGUGGAUGUGUCUAGAUUCUCCAGCCCAAGGGUUACACCGAGAUUAAGCCGGAAGCGAGCCUUGUCCAUAUCCCCGCUCUCCGAUGCCAGCAUCGACCUCCAGACUAUGAUCAGAACAUCUCCCAACUCCCUGGUGGCUUACAUUAAUAACUCCAGAAGUAGUUCCGCUGCUAGUGGAUCCUACGGACAUUUAUCUGCGGGGGCGAUCAGCCCGGCCUUCACUUUCCCUCAUCCCAUCAACCCGGUGGCCUACCAGCAGAUCCUGAGCCAGCAGCGUGGCCUGAGCUCGGCCUUUGGACACACGCCUCCCCUGCUCCAGCCCUCCCCCACGUUCCCGCCGCGCCAGCACAUGGCCGUCAUCUCCGUCAACUCCACCCCGCCGCAGGUCGCAAACAGCAGCAACUGCAUCACGGACCCUAACCAGAACAAGCAGAGCAGCGAGGCAGCGGUGAGCAGCACAGUCAAUCCCGUAAUUAACAAGCGCAGCAAGGUCAAGACUGAAUCCGAGGGUCUGAGGCCAGCGUCCCCACCCAUGCAGGAGCAUCUGACAGACCUCAAAGAGGAUUUGGAUAAAGAUGAAUGUAAACAGGAGCCGGAAGUUAUUUAUGAGACCAACUGUCACUGGGAAGGCUGCGCCAAGGAGUACGACACACAGGACCAACUCGUCCAUCACAUCAAUAACGACCACAUCCACGGGGAGAAGAAGGAAUUUGUCUGCCGCUGGCAAGACUGCACCAGGGAGCAAAAACCUUUCAAGGCACAGUACAUGCUUGUGGUACACAUGCGCCGGCACACGGGAGAGAAGCCCCACAAGUGCACGUUUGAAGGCUGCUCGAAAGCAUACUCACGCCUGGAGAACUUAAAGACCCACCUGAGAUCCCACACCGGAGAGAAGCCCUAUGUGUGUGAGCAUGAGGGCUGCAAUAAAGCCUUCUCCAAUGCUUCCGACCGAGCAAAGCACCAGAACCGAACCCACUCCAAUGAGAAACCCUACAUCUGCAAAAUCCCAGGCUGCACCAAGCGGUACACAGACCCCAGCUCCCUCAGGAAACACGUGAAGACGGUACACGGACCAGACGCCCACGUCACUAAGAAGCAACGCAACGACAUUCACCCGCGCCCCCCUCCACUGAAGGAAAAUGGUGACAAUGAAGCCAGCGCCAAGCAGAGCGGCCGACUGUCGGAGGAGAACGCCGAGGCGAACAGCACCACCCGGGGCAUGGAGGACUGUCUCCAUGUCAAGGCCAUAAAGACGGAGAAUUCUGUGAUGUAUCAGUCCAGUCCUGGCGGUGGCCAGUCAUCCUGCAGCAGUGAGCCGUCACCCCUCGGCAGCACCGCCAACAACGACAGUGGAGUAGAGAUGAACAUUCACAGCGGGGGAAGCCUGGGAGACCUGACAACGCUGGAUGACAACCCUCCCGUAGUGGACUCCACGGUCUCCUCCGGCACAUCAGCGGUCAGCCUGCAGCUGAGGAAACACAUGACGACCAUGCAACGACUCGAACAGCUCAAGAAAGAAAAACUCAAGACGGUCAAAGAUUCCUGUUCAUGGGCGAGCCCUGCUCCGCAAGUCAGAAACACCAAGCUGCCUCCCAUAUCGGGCAAUGGUUCUCUCCUGGAAGGGCUGGGCGGGUCCUCGGCCCCUCUGCCCAACCCACGCAUCAUGGAGCUGUCGGUCAACGAGGUGACGGUGCUGAACCAGCUGAACGAACGGCGCGACAGCACGGCCAGCACGGUCAGCUCCGCCUACACGGUCAGCCGCCGCUCCUCGGGCAUCUCCCCCUACUUCUCCAGCCGCCGGUCCAGCGAGGCCUCGCCCUUCGGCCCCCGCCCCCACAACGCCAGCUCGGCCGACUCCUACGACCCCAUCUCCACGGACGCCUCGCGCCGGUCCAGCGAGGCCAGCCAGUGUGGGGGUGCCCCGGGGCUCCUGAACCUCACGCCGGCCCAGCACUACAGCCUCAAGGCCAAGUACGCCGCCGCCACAGGGGGCCCCCCGCCCACCCCGCUGCCCAACAUGGACAGGAUGAGCCUGAAGAACAAGCUGGCCCUCCUCGACCCUCCCGAGGCCGCCCCGCCACCUUUCCGGAGGGCGCCGGGCCCCCGGCGGGGCAGCGACGGCCCGGCCUACGGCUACGGCCCGGCCCCCAGCUUCCCGCACGAGGCGGCGGGCCAGGGGGCAAGGAGGGCCAGCGACCCCGUCCGGCGGCCGGCGGCCGACCCGCUCUCCCUGCCCCGGGUGCAGCGCUUCAACAGCGCCGGCAGCGUCCACCCGCCUCUCCUGCCUCCCUGCGGCGAGCGGAGGAGCUUCGGCCCGCAGGGCUACGGCCGUCCGGAUGGCCCGCCCAGACCCGCCUACUCGCCCCGGCCCCAGAGCAUCAGCGAGAACGCGGCCCUGGAGGCCAUGGCCGCGGGGGAGGCCGACGGCCCCGUGGGGGAGGACGACAUCGUGCUGCCCGACGACGUGGUGCAGUACCUCAAGGCUCAGAGCCGCGGGGCGGCCGAGGAGAGCGCAGCCCCCCCUCCCUACCACGGCGAGGCCCCCGGGCCCUACCAGGGCCACCUGAAGCUGCCGAACCCCAGUCUGCAGGGCCAGCGGCGGAUGGCUGUGGCCGACGCCGGCCUGAGCCACCCCGCCCCGCUGCUCCCCGACUGCCAGCUGGCCUACGGGGCCCAGACCGGCCUGAGCAAGAGCAGCAUGCCCGUUCAGUGGAACGAAGUGAGCUCAGGGACGGUGGACGUUCUGGCCGGCCAAGCCAAGCAGCAGUUCCCUCAGGGGAACCUGGCCGUGGUGCAGCAGAAACAGACCUUCGGCCCCUACGUGAGCGGCUACGGGCAGCAGGCGCCGCCAGGGGGUCCCGGCGGCCCGAGCGCCCCUCAGCAGAACCUCCUGGCCAGACAUGGGGGCGGGGGUGGGGCCGGCCAGCGGCUGAACUACCUGCCGCUCCGACCCCCGCAGGGCCCCCAGGGCGUCCCCAACAUGAGCGCAGACCCGAGCCCCCGUCCCGGGUACGGCCAGGCUCACCCCAUGCUGAGCCCCGACGCCAUGGGUGGAGAUCCCAACCAGCCGUCCCCCUCCUGCGGCCACAUGGGGGCCAAAGUGGGCCACCCCGGCCUGCCCCAGCAGAUGGACGUGGGGCCGCCCGACCCGCCCAUGAUGGUCCCCGGCCGGAGGGAGCCCCCCUUAGCCGGCACGGGCAUGCACGUGGCGGGGCCCCAGCAGGACUACUCGUCUCAGCAGGAGACUCACCUCAACUUCUCCGCCCACCCAGAAGGGUACCCCCAGGCCACGUCGCUAAUGACAUCCCACCAGCCCAACUUCAUGGAGUCCCAGCCGAGCAUGAUGGGCCCCGGCGGUCCCGGCUACCUGCCGGGAAUGAUGGGAAUGAUGCAGCCCCACCCUCCCCCGGAACCGAACCCGGCCGGUCGACCCCGGGGCGUCCGCUCCAUGCAGCCCCUGGGCUACCUGAGACACGCUCCCACGAUGGGCCCUGGGGCCCCCGGCCCGGACACGGCCGAGGCCGUCCCCAAAUCGAUGAGCGACAUGGUCUCUGCCCCAUCGCAGCAGACUCAGCAGCAGCAGCAGCAGCAGCACGCCGGCGGCCCCAGGGAUCACAACAUGAUGUACUAUUACGGUCAGAUCCACAUGUACGAACAGAACGGGAAUUUCGAGAACCACUCAGACUGCAGAGUGAGACAGCAGCAACAGCAGCAGCAUCAGCAGCAGCAGCAGUGUGCGAUGAACAUCAAGCCCCCCGCCAUGCCCUCUCCAGGAGCCAAUCAGGUGUCUAGCACCGUGGACUCCCAGCUUCUGGAGCCGCCUCAGAUCGAUUUUGACGCCAUCAUGGACGACGGAGAUCACUCCAGCCUGAUGUCCGGAACUCUGAGUCCCAGCAUCCUGCAGAAUCUCUCCCAGAACUCCUCUCGCCUGACGACUCCACGGAACUCUCUGACCCUGCCGUCCAUACCCGCUGGGAUAAGCAAUAUGGCCAUCGGAGACAUGAGCUCCAUGCUCACGACACUGGCAGAAGAGAGCAAGUUUCUUAAUAUGAUGUCCUAACGUAAAGCACAAGGAUCGGAGGAACUCUCGGCUAAGCCACCUGAUGAAUGUGCUUUGGAAAAUAAUCAGUUUCUAUAGUGUAGGGCUUUUUUUUUUUUCGAAAAGUAUCAAAUACAUUAAAGGGAUGGAAAGUUUCCAGAAUCGCCCAUACAGACUUCCUGAAUGGUUUCGAGACAGUUUUUGCACUUCCAUGUGCGUGGCUAGUAAUCUUGGGGCUUGUUUUGCAGAGCACUGAGAAAUGUGGCUGGGGGAAAGAAAACAUGCAAACGAGCCAUUGAAAGCCUUCCAUGUAAACAGCACAAUUAUCCUCUGGCCGCCUCCUUUAUGUCAUUUGGCUAAUGAAGGAUUCUUGUGAGCCAAGAGCUCUUUCUUGACCUGCUCAAAGAACAAAUUAGGGGGUGGUGAGAAGUGUUUCAGUCUGAAUCAAAAGCCAUACUCUAUGUCUCCCGCUCUGAGGAGAUGGGUUCUUAGCUAUACGCCUCCAGUUCCAAGUCAGAAGCCCCAGCAGGAUUCUUUCAAUCAAUCAGUCAAUCAAUUAAUCAACCAAUGGUAUUUAUUGAGCGCUUACGUACUGUACU